GUGCUGGGCCGGGAAGUGUACACCUCCAACAACCAGCUGGGCGGGGUCCAGAUCAUGCACAACAACGGCGUGACCCACAGCACCGUCUGCGACGACUUCGAGGGCGUCCACACGCUGCUGCAGUGGCUGUCCUACAUGCCCAAAUGUACCUCCAGCCCAGUGCCAAUCCUGCGCUCUAAAGACCCCAUUGACCGGCUGGUGGAGUUUGUGCCCACCAAGGCCCCCUACGACCCCCGCUGGAUGCUGGCGGGCCGCCCGAGCCAGAGUCAGAAGGGGCAGUGGCUGAGUGGUUUUUUUGACCACGGCUCGUUCCUGGAGAUCAUGCAGCCGUGGGCUCAGAGUGUCGUGGUGGGCAGAGCCAGGCUGGGAGGAAUACCUACUGGAGUGGUUGCUGUGGAAACCAGAUCUGUAGAGUUGUCAAUCCCAGCAGACCCAGCUAACCUGGACUCUGAGGCCAAGAUCAUUCAGCAGGCGGGCCAGGUCUGGUUCCCGGACUCGGCCUUCAAGACGGCCCAGGCCAUCAAGGACCUGAACCGGGAGGGGCUGCCUCUCAUGGUGUUCGCCAACUGGAGGGGCUUCUCCGGAGGCAUGAAAGGUCCGUCUCCCCCCCGUCACUCAGCGCCCAGCGACACCUCUUCCUCCUGUUCUGAGUCACAGCUUCACACCUAA